AUGCUAGGAACAACAUUGGACGAUAUAAAUUCACAUUUCAAAUGGUAUCGGGAAUAUGUUUGCUUAAAAAAUUGUCAACAAAAAGCGUUGGAGAAAUGGAAGGAAAACAGACAAAAAAUUGAAAAACCAAUCCAAGAGGCAAGACAAAAUCUGCAGUCGCACAUGUCGUCCUUUUGUAAAAUGAGUACAAGAUCGUCCGAAAAACUUUUAUACACAAACAGAUCAAGAAAUGAAUCUAGUGUCGUGUCAAAAAUUUAUAAUUCAACAGAACAAUGGAAGAACAGGUGUGAUGGUAAUAAUGACCCACCACAAAUCUUUCCUAUUAUACAAGAUAAAAGACAAAUACAUAUUCCAACCUGGCGUUUAGGAUUAUUUAAGAAU